GUUACUGUCAGUACUGAGUGGCAGUUUGAGUACUAUGGAGACCCUGCUGAAGCUGGGUGCUGAUCCUGACUACCAUGCAGGCCAGUUGGUGCGCGGAGCAUUGUCCCGGGAGCUCAACGUAACAACACCCCGACAGCUUGCUCGCAUGUUAAACCGGGAAUAUAUGCUCCACUGGUUUAUUAAUGAGACCACAACUGUGACACAGGAGAAUGAAGCAGCCAUGAGUGAGCCGCCCAUGUUCAUUAACAACCUCUCGGCCACUCUUCGUCUAAGGGUGAAGCCUUCAUCAGUUCAAGCAACAGGACCAGACGUGUACAAGAUGAACACAGACCCGAGAGGAUACGUGUGUAUUCUGAGCUACUGCUCCUUCAAGGACCGACCUGACUUAGACCUCGAGGGCUCACGCUCUGAUGUCAACAACCUGGCAAGCGUCUUCGGGAAAAUGGGAUACACUGGCCACGCCCACUUCUCCUUGACGGCAGCUCAGACCAAACAAGUGUUGACCAAAGUAAGGGACAUGGAGGUACUGGAUCACGUUGGGUGUGCUGUUUUCAUUAUUUCUAGUCACGGCAUUGGAAACGAAAAGUUCCUUACUAAUGACAUGAAGCGUUUAGCCACCGAGUGGGUUUGUGAUCUGUUUAAGGAUUCAGAAUGUCCCCGAUUAAAAAACAAACCCAAGCUGUUUAUCUUCGACUUCUGUCGUAGUCAUUACAAGGAACAACUGUACAGACAAGCCAGCGCAGUCAAGUGUACAAGAGUGAAAGAGCCGCUGCAGGAUAUAAUGUGCAUCUACUCCAACAGUGGAGGCUUCAUGUCUCAUACAUUCAACAAGAAUGGGACACCGUUCACUCGGGCCUUGUGUCGCACCCUGGUGCAGCACGCCCAUAAUAAGGAGCUUGGUGAAUUAUACAGGGAAUUCCUUGUAGAGUACACCAAAAUGGUUCCUGCUACUGAACCACAGCUCCGUAACCUUGGCUUUACUAAGAAGUUCUACUUUAAUCCUGUCACAACGUUUUAGUUGAAAUUGCAAUAUAUUUGAAGCUCUGAAGAAUUUGAUUGUUUAACCAUGUUUGUUGUAGAUUGAUCAGAAAUAUGUUGGAUACUGAUUAAGAUUAUUUUUAAGUCGUGGACAAAUUCUUCUUUCAGUGAAAUACUUUAUCAUCUUUUCGCCACUAUUGGCAUCUGUUUACCUGGUGUUACCUAUGGAGGCAGCUCAAACCCGUUGCCAUGGUGGGCUGUUACGAAUAAGUCUGUUUACUGAAUAGUAAAUCAACUUUAAUCUUAGUAGAUAAUAUUAUGUUGUAUGCUUAACAAGUUUUAAUAUAUUAAGUCAUGCAUUUGUGAAGAAUAAUGCUCGAUAUAGAUUUAUUAUGUUACACACAGACCCUUAUUUCGGUUACGUCACUUGGGAGUAAAAUAACCGCACAUGUAGUCUGUACAGGUGGCAACACACUGCCAACCUGUUUAUAGUGUAAUUGGUGUUUUCAUUCGUUUUAUUAUUUAUAAUGUUUACAAGUUGUAAAGCCAUAGACUUCACGAAGUAAUACAGGAAGGGGAGUGGACUGGGGUGAAGUAAUGGAUAUGGACAAAUCAAGUAUUGUAGUUGUCGAGGAUUGAUAAAAUGUGCUGGAAACAUUUGUUGUUUGGUAACUGAGUGUUUGAACAUUUACUUCACUGUUAAUAUUAAAGAUCUCUCUGUA